GAUAUAUGCUUUUUGCGCUUGUCGUCGGACUUCCAUACAUCCUCUUGCAAAUUGUGUUCGGGAUCUAUCAUGUGAGCAUGGGAAAACGCAUAUCGUCCAGUGGUGAAAGUCUUCUUCAAUUCGACUUCUACGCUGACAAGGUGAUGUCCUACAUACUAGCCACAGGUACUGGUGCAGCAUUUGGGGCGACUCUAGAUCUGAAGGAAGUAUUUUCAGAACUCGGCUCAAACUACAACAAAUUUUUCAACAAGGGAAGUGCAGCUGCUAGCUUCAUCCUCUUUGCAUUCUUGUUCACUGCAGUAUCAUCCGUCUUCUCCUCCUUAGCCCUACCCAAGAAACUUUAAGUUGAAGACCUUGUUAAUAGCAAGCUUUAAUGACAUGUCUUCAUUCUACUACAUUUAUUUGAUUGGCUGUUGUUCAAAAGGAUCAUGACUUAAUGAAAUCAUGAUGAGUGUGAUAUAAACCUAUUCUUCAUUUUGAGGGCCCAAGCUCAACCCA